AUGGCUAUCACCUCGAUCCAGCCGGUUCUACCGACCCGGUUUACGAUCAAUUCCGAGAAAGGUGCCACGAAGCCUCCUCCGGAACCUUACAAUGUACAAGACCAUCCUUUCAAGGGCUACCACCCCCCUCAACCCGAAGGCUACGAAAAGAGCAAGAGUACUAGCGCCAUAGUUAUUGAUAAUGGUUCAAACUUGGUCAAAGCCGGUUGGUCGUUCGACAAAUCCCCACGUUUCGUGCUUCCUCCUGUGAUGAGCCGGUAUCGCGACCGGAAGCUCAACAAAGCCUGCCAAUUCAUCGGAUACGAUUCUUAUGUCGAUGCGACUACGCGCGGUCAGCUGCGCUAUGCCUUCGACCCUGGCACGAGUGUUGUGGGCAACUGGGACGUCAUGGAGGGAGUGUUGGACUAUCUGUUCAUCAAGCUGGGAGUCGAUGGUGCCAAUGGGGGUGUUGACAGGCCGAUUGUUAUGACCGAGCCGAUCGCAAACCUCGCCUAUCCCAGAAGGAUGAUGAACGAAAUCCUAUUCGAGUGCUAUUCCGCGCCGUCGGUCGCCUACGGAAUAGACUCCCUAUUCUCCUACCGGUACAAUCGCGGAAAGGACGGACUCAUUAUCUCGUCUUCGCACACCUCGACCCAUGUGAUCCCGGUGCUAAAUAACAAGGCUCUGCUCUCCAACUGCUCGCGACUGAAUUGGGGUGGACUGCACGCAUCGGAAUACCUGCUAAAACUCAUGCGCCUAAAGUACCCGACCUUCCCCGCAAGGAUGACGGAGAGCCAGAUGGAAGAUAUUGUGCACAAGCAUUGUUACGUUUCCAAGGACUACGACCAAGAGCUGAGCCACUACCUAGACUGGACGGGGCUGGAGGAGCGGGACUGUAUCGUCCAGUACCCUUACACCGAGCACGUUGUGCCCGAAAAGACCGAGGAAGAACUCGCCCGGAUUGCCGAGAGGAAGAAGGAAAGUGGGCGUCGGUUGCAGGAGCAGGCCGCUAAGAUGCGGCUGGAAAAGUUGAUGAAGAAGGAGCAGGAAUUGGAGUACUACAAGGACCUACAGCACGGACUGGCCUCGGAGACGAAGAAGGAAGCGAGGCGCAUUCUCGAAGCGGAGGACCUGAAGGAUGAAGCCCAUCUAGAUCGAUUGAUUCGGGAUCUUGAGCGGUCCAUCAAACGAUCCCGGAACCGGGACCUGGGGAUCGAAGAAACCGAAGAGCCCCAGGAAGAGAUGUCUUUCCCGUUAUUGGACGUCCCGGAUGAAGAAUUAGAUGAAGCUGGUCUGAAGGAAAAGCGUCAUCAACGACUAAUGAAAUCCAACGUUGAAGCUCGACAACGCGCUAAGGCAGAGAAAGAGCGAGAGAAGGCUCGUCGGGAGGAGGAAGAACGGCUUGACCGCGAGAAGCGCGAGAAUGAUUUCGAAAACUGGCUAGCUGAACGGAGAGCAAACCGUCAGAAUAUCAUGCAAAAGAUCAAGGAACGUGACAGGAUGAAGGCGGAUCUGGGUAACCGCAAGUCAUUAGCCAGCCAGAUGCGCAUGAAGACCCUCGCCAACCUCGCUGCGGAUGGUCCCAAGAAGCGGAGGCGUGGCGGGGACGACGACACCUUCGGUGCCAACGAUGAAGAUUGGGGUGUCUAUCGAACGGUGGCUACAGGCGAACAGAGUGAUGAAGAGGAAGAGGAAGACCUUGGAGGCAUGCUUGAUGCCGUUGAGAAGGAACUACUCGAGUACGAUCCCGAAUUCACAGAGAACCACACACUCGCAGCGCAAUCCGACUGGACGAAGAGCUUGGUACAUGUCUUCCUCCGGGGUCCCUGGCCCUUCGAUCCUGAGAGCCAACGUGAGGCUCACCAGCUGCAUCUGAACGUGGAGCGAAUCCGCGUUCCUGAGGUGGUUUUCAAGCCGUCAAUUGCGGGCAUUGACCAGGCCGGCUUGUUGGAGAUCGCGGCCGAUAUUGUGAACCAGCGGUUCCCGAACCCUGAGGAGCAAUCGAAACUGCUGCGGGAUGUUUUCCUCACGGGUGGCAACACCAUGUUCCAGAACUUCGACGAACGUCUCCGCAACGACUUCCGCGCGUACCUCCCCGUGGACGCCCAACUCAACGUCCGGCGUGCGAAUGACCCGGUCUUGGACGCAUGGAAGGGCGCUGCACAAUGGGCUUCAGGGUCUGAACUGGCGAAGUCCUCGAUCACCCGGCAGGAAUACUUGGAGAAGGGCAGCGAAUAUCUCAAGGAACAUGAUAUGGGCAAUGCCACCACAUGGUAG